UUAUAUUUGGUAUCUAAAGUAGUCAAAUUCAUAGAAACAAAAAGUAGAAUGUGGUUACCCUGAAGGGGAGGGGUUAAUGUGAAUAUACUUUUUUUGGCCUGAACAGAUGAAACAGUUUCUACUAAUUGACUUGGGGACGAUUGAAAGGUAUCAGGGGUAGGAGGGAAUGUCAGGUAUCUGACCUGAUAGAGGUUUUGUUUUCUUGGAGGGGAUACAUUUUGCUUUGGAAACUGACCAUUUUCAGGAGUCACCUGUGUCAGUCAGUCAAUUAUCCUUAUGUUCAUGAUGGUGAGAAGAUUUUUGGAAUAUGAACUAAACCGUCAUUGUCUAACUUUUCAGACAAAGUUUCUGCGGAAAGAGCUGCGGACAAGACAUCUCUCCUUGGCGGAGUGAGCUCGGAUUACCAUCUCUUCAGCCGCAGCCGAAGGCGGGCGAUGGAACCCCAGAAGCUGCUGCUAACUGGAUUUCUGCUAUGCUCUCUAACUUGCCUCUUGUUGGAGACAGUAGCUUCCUCUCCUUCGCCUUUGUCUGCCUUGGGAAUACAAGAAAAAACAGGAUCGAAACCACGCUCAGGGGGUAAUGACAGGUCCUGGCUGAACAACUUCAGGGAUUACUUAUGGCAACUUAUCAAGAGUGCCUUACCUCCAGCAGCCAUUGUUGCUUUUCUUCUCACCUCAGCACUAAUGGGGAUCCUCUGCUGCUUCACCAUUCUUGUAGUUGACCCAGUCCAGUGAAGAACUAGAAGAUUCAACAGGGCACAUGUGGUCUCUCCGGUUGGACUCCAAAAGAGUGGGGUAUUUGCUAUCUGCUUAAAAUGAGGAAGUAUCUAUCAGUUAAAAUUAAAUUGUCUUCCAACUUGAAUUAUCUUUGCCUUCAUUUUCUCCUUCAAAAGCUGCAAUUUUAAAAUGUGAAUAUCCUUAUUACUGUUUUGAUUAUAAUAGUAACACAUAUUUAUUGGAAAAAAAAAGUUGAGAAAUACAGAGAAGAGUAAGUUUUCAUAAUUCUAGCACCCAGAAAUAAACAUCAUUAACAUCUUGAUGUACCUCCCUUCAAUUUUUUUCUAUAUAUGUAUUACAAGUUUUCCAAAGUCUGUUCUGUGAAACAAUAGUUCUGUUUUAAUAAAAGUCACAAAACAGUGA